GAAAUACGUACAAAAUGACAUAUACGGACAAAAUGACACAGGCAUCUUAUUUUAAAUUCUGCCGCUUCUAGCCCGCCAUAGAUAAGUACAUCACAUGACUCUAUCCGGUAUUACUAACCUGUCAAAACGUGAACUCGCGCCAGUCUUUCGUUUGGGUGUCAUGGCUGACGACAGACAUUGAUAUUAACAGCUGAUACCAAAAUGCCACGUAAUUAUAAGCGUACGACUGAUCGUCAAUCCUGGAGUGAGGAAUCAAUGCGCAAAGCUAUACACCCAGGGCGUGUUGUUACACAAUUUCAAAUUGCUGGCCUGUUCAAAGAAGCUUAUGGUAAGGCAGCUACAGUGCAAAAUGGUUGUAACGGAUUUAAGAGCACUGGGAUUUGGCCUCUAAAUCCAGAAAUAUUUCCCGAUUAUAUGUAUGAACCAGCAGAGACUACAAACAUACCUGCACUGGCAGACACCACCAAUAUGCAAUUUCAUCAGCAAAUAGGUCCUAUUCCAGUUUCCAUAGCAGGACCCUCCACACAACAGCCAGACAAUUUAAUGUCACUUCCUGGAACGCAACAUAUAAUCCGCGCCGUUACACCUGACAAUAACGACACAACAGUUCAAACAACCGACUCUACUGAAACAACUGAUAAUUUAACAGCAAACACUGGUCAAGACCUUAUUAUACCUGGUGCAAAUGAAAAUUGCCCAUCUAUUGGUAAUGAAUUACAUCCCUCAUCUCAUACUUUAGCAGUGCCUAUGGAAGUUUUAUCUUCUGUCCCAAAAGGACUUUACGUAAGUGGCCAAGGCAAACGUAAGCCAACGAAACACCAAACAUCUUUAGUUUUGACUUCCACUCCAAAUAUGAACGAAAUUAAGGCUAAAAAUGAGUCUAAAGCUCCUUCAGAAAAGAAAAAACGAAAGGUUACCAAAACCAUAUUCCAUGAAGACAGACAAGAGGAAAAUUGUCCAAAUUACACUCAAGAUGACGAAGAAGAUUGCGCAUGCAUUUAUUGCAACGAUCUUUAUUCACGAUCAAAACCUGGAGAAGACUGGUUGCGGUGUUUAAAAUGUUCGCAUUGGGCCCACGCUUCUUGCGCGGACGUUUCUAAACGAACCAAGCGGUUCAUUUUCGAGCUUUGCUUAUAAUUUUAAAACUUUUGCCGUGUAUGUCAUUUAGUCCGUAUGUGGUAUGCCAUUUUGUCCAUAGCAUAUGGACAAAAUGGAUUUCGUUGAUCUCUGUUAAAUUUAAAAUUAUUAUUUUUUCUACUUUGUUUAUCUUUUAAGUAUCUAUUAUAAAUCAAAGAUAUGAAACCUAAGAUUAGUGGUGUGCAAAUAUGAAUGCGCUGUGAUUUACCAUUAAAGAGUUAUGACCCAAAACCAAAACUAUAUGUCAUUUUGUACGUACUU